AUGGAAACUCCAUUAGAAACCCCAUCGGAGACUCCAUUGGAAAAUGAGAAGUCGAAGAUACUCAUAUUUAUAUUAGAAUCCAAAACAACAGCACCUGAAACUGAACAGAGCUUGUACGAAGGUCCAACUGUGACUAUCAUUGUGGGACCAGCGGACAAAUCUAAAAAAUACAUUGUUCCUCAAGCCCUCCUAUGCCACCACUCCAAAUUCUCUGAUCGCGCUCUCAAUGGACCCUUCAAGAAAAGUAUUGAGAAACGAAUUGAGCAUCUAGAAGAAACAAGCGAAGAAUUUGAGUUGCUUCUAGAAUGGAUAUAUUGCGAAACGAUUCCCUGGAUUCCUGGCCCCCAAAGCAUCGAGACGAUUAUCAAGUUCUACACCAUUGCGGACAAAUUUGACGUUCCUGGUCCAUAUAGAAAAGCCGAAAUGAGCUUAAGCACGACACUCGUCAAUCAUUGGUAUCGAAUGUGCAUUGAAAGUGGCACAUUGGCAUAUAAGAUUCUCGAAUCUGCAUAUCAACUACUAGUGGGACAUGAGGUGCAGCGUCUAUUCGGAAAAAAGGCGGCUUUUGAUACUGUCGACGGGUUGGCGAUCGAGGUGGUGAAAGCAUUGGGUGACAUAAUGAUUAGUGGAUUUUCUACGGAUCUUUACGCAAUGCAAUGCUACCAGGAUCCCUUAACGGGAAAGAAAAUGAAACUCUUUUUGAAUAGGAGAGUGUCGGACCUGUUUUAUACGGAACCGACCCAUGGAAGGCUCAUUACACGUGGGAGUUUCCUUAGAUUAACAAAAUUGAUGCACUUCGCUGGACUCCUCACAUGCAUAGCUGUUUUCACAUUUACUGCUCAAUCUGAUUUUGUUCCUAAUUACUCAACCAAAUCAAGUGAUACAAUGGCAAAUUUCAACCAUUCUGUAUCUAAGAUGUUGGGUUCUCCCACCGAAUACAAUUCUGCGAAGAACAACAGUCAAGAGAAUCCUGCCUCGACCGACAAUCAAUUGAGUGCUAACAGUUCAGCCUAUAAUCGAAGUCCUCUAGCAACAUUAGCGCCACCUACAAUGAACACUUCAACAUUCAUGUCUCCUGCCAGAUCAGUGCCUGCUACGCCGGCGAGGUCUACCUUUUUUGGCUCUAGCACAGCUAGUCCCAACUUCGAAUCCUUCAGAUCUAGAGUAAACAGCAUUACUCCUACUGCUCAAGAAAUUCAAUCAUCUGAGCCUCCUUUAACCAAUGCCUCAAAUCAAACUCAGAGCGAUGCAGUUAAUGCGCCACCCCAGGAACGUGCUAAGACCACUCAUAACAUUGCUGCUCAACUGCCCGCCAAUGAGUUCACAAACAAUCUCGAUUUAUUUCGCGGUCCUGAAGUUCUUGUCACCGCUGGUAUUCAGUUGGGGGUCAAAAGCUAUCUUAUACCCAAAGCAUUACUUAUUCAGGCCUCGCAAUACUUCAAGACUGCCAUCACAGUUGAAACUUUGGGUCAAAUCACACGAGAAACUCUCAAAAUCGAAUGUUCAAUCUUAGCAUUUGAUUUUGUUGUGCAAUAUCUCUACACUGGUACUUUUGUCCGCCCGGAUAUUGCUGGUUUUAGUUCUGGGUCACAACAAGUUACAAAUCUUAUCGAAUUUUAUGAGUUGGCAGAGAGAUUUAGUCUUGAUAUCUCGGAUAUGAUCUUGGAUAACAUCAAAGAGAUCCUUGUGAUAGAUCGUCUUUACCUUCAGGCAGAGCACAUUCAAAAAGUUGUUAGUUUUCCGAACGGACAAAAACUUCGAAUGCUGUUUGCUCGCUCAUGUAUUCAAGCCUACCUUCAGUCUGUCAAUCUUGCUCAUGAGAAAGCCAAGGCAUUCCGUUUUCAAAAGGAGCUCGACACAUUAGAUGGAUUUGCGGCGGACCUUAUGCGUGUGUAUCGAGAAGUGGCAGACAAACGUACACCUUGCAUAUUUGCCGAGUCCUGUGAUCUUCUUGAUGGCAAGAAAUUCUCUUAUUGAGCGAACAAUAGAUUGAGGGCAGGAAUGGCAGGAGUAGCAUUAGUGGCUAUAUUGUGUAACUUACAACAUAGGGGCUUUUUGUUAUUAUAACACACUUUGAGCUCUUUGAAUUGCAAUAAACCAACUGAAGAAUUUGAUGUAGGGACGUGGGAAACUUAAGGUAUCAAUCAUGUGGCAUAUUAUAUAUGAGACGCAUGAGAUAGAAUCCUCGUACGACACCGAACAAAAAAUGAAAAGAACCUUGUUGGC